ACUCUCUUCUUUGGUUAAUAGAUAUUUGAACACUUCUCAAUUUCUUUCUUAAAAAAAUGUUGGGAAGUGUUUUUUAAGCCUGUGUGCUUGAAUCCCGAGCAAAGCUUUUCCUUUUAAUGCAGAGAUUGCUCCUAUGUAUGUUGACUGAACGUUGCUUUUCUUUCUAGGGUAAACUGUGAACAGCUUAGUCCACCCAUCUUUCAGCUGCCCUGAUGCUCUCAUCUGGGGUGGAAUCUCUCCUUGAGUCUGUGUCUGCUGACCUGGAGAGGCUGUACCCAGGCCUGCCCAAGGGCUUCUGCGCCGAGCCCAUGGCCGUGCCGGAGCCCAGCGCUGGGCUGGAUGUAAAAGCGGAUGUGUUGGCGCCUGUGCUGGCACCCAGGGACAGCCUGGCAGCAGAGCAUCACAGGACUUCUAGAGCAGAAAACUUUUGCCAGAAGACAGAGGAUGUGGGUGAUAUGCUCAGGGUGGUUUCUCGUGGCCCAACAGAAUCUCUUACUGAAGAAUUACUAAAGGCUGGAGACCUGGAUGAGGAUGGAAAAAGCAGAAACGUUAGGAAACGAGACUGUUCCAGUGAUGGAAACCAGAAAGAAGCUGAAGAGGCAGCAGAUACUGAGGAGUAUUGUGCUGAAGGCUGUGCUUUAACUCCUGGAGAAAGUUGGUCAAAACAAGAGGACCCUCACUCAAACCAGCAUGAUAUGAAGUCUUCAAGAACCUGUUGCACUGAAACGGAUGCGUCUCUGGAGAACACAGAAGAAAACCAAGCAACUGUUCAGGUGACAGCUGAAACUCUGCCAAAGCUCACUGAAGAAAUACAAGUUUUUAGUUCUGUUGCUUCAUCUUCUGAGGAGUUCUCAAAAGAAAGACUUAAAAUGGUCCCAUCAGAAGGUGCUAAGUCAAAAAAGGACCAGUGGCAACUCUCUGUCAGUGACCUAUGGAAGGAUGACAUAAAAGACAAUAGUCUCUUGAUGGACGUGAGCAACUCUGCUUCCCAUGAAACUGGACAGAUGGACGGGUGCUUUUUUAAUACCUCCAGUAAAGUUUCUCCUCCCAAUAGCCACAGCUGUCUGGAUCUUAGUACUAAGCUAGAAAAAGAGUCCCCUGAGGUACAACUGCUUGAAAAAGAAUCUGAGAGUAACAGAGCAGCAGAAGAGUUGGCUGGCAGCUUAGUUGAAGCUACAGAAGCUAACAGUGAUGGCAGUUUGUCCACUGUCAAAGAAACUAAUUUGGUUUGUACACUAAACGUAACUCUACCUCCUGUUGCACAAAAAUCAAGAGAACCUCCUUGUAAGGAGUGUCCUUGUACUGUUAAUGAAGUUUCAAGCAGGGACAAGGCUUGGGAUAAUCUAUAUGAAAAAGAAUCAAUUGGUGUUUCUGGAACGACGGGGGAACAAGUCACUGAAAUUGUGCUUGAUAAAGACAACUUGAAGUCUUCAGUAAGUUCCAGGACUUUUGAUUACCCUAAUGUGACAAGCAAAAUUUCCCAAAAGAGCAUGAAGCCUUCAGCAGGAAAUGCAGAGAGCUUGCUCACCAGUUUAGAAAACAAACGUAGUGGAACACAGAAUGAUAAUGAUCAAAGGAUAAAAGACCCGUGUGCAACUGCCAGCACUUGCUGUGUUUUGUCAGGAAGUACACGUGUAGGUGAUGUUCUCCUGAACACUCAUUCUUUUAACAUUGAGGUUGAUAAGAAGAUUGAAGAAAAUGAUAAUUUGGGAGAAGCUUCAGCUGGUUAUAAUAGUAAAAAGGCAAUCCACUUUCCAGAAGCAUGCUUCCCUUUGGCACGUGGAUCUCUUCCUCGUGAAGAUGACGGGGCCAACAGAGGUUUAGAUCAGAAUGGGCUAAAUGACAUUUCUGCAGGAAAAAACAUGUUUUGCUCAGCUUAUACUGCAGCGAAUUCUAUUGCUAUCUUGAUAAGACAUGAGACUUCAAAUGAGAAUAUGGAGGUUGUGAAACAGUUUGAUCUCUGCAAAAUAACAGAUGGCAGUGAAAUUGAUUGUGACAGAGAUGAGGCAAAGGAAGAAAUGGGCACAUGUGCUCUGCAGACAGAUGAAUCUGAUAAAAUAAGAACUGUGGGUUGUGCAAAGGCUCCCGAAGGCAGUCAGAGAAAUAAAAUUAGUGAGCAGCUAUUAGUCAAAGAUUUGAACAAAAAAUCCUGUGUUCAUAAUUUUGGAUUUUGCAACUCUCCAUUAGGCCCAAAGAAGAGAGACCUAGGCACAUGUCAGAAGAAGGAAGUGUCAUCACUCCCAGCUAAUACCCCUGACUGUAGUGCGUCCAUCUGUGAUGUGUGUCCAUCACUCAGCAACGUGAAUAUUCCAACACAACAUGUUAGCCAAACAGAACAGACCCUUCAUCCAAUGGAGAAUCGGUGUCUUGCAUGUCAGAGUGAGUUUGAUGGCCCAGUUCCAGGCAGCAAGCAACAUUUAGAAGUUUUAAACCAACAACCAAACACUGACUUACAAAGUACAGCUGCUCCUGUGGAAGAAACCAAAGUAUCCAUUUGCUCUAGUCAAAGUGAAGAGGUGCUGUUAAAAACAGGUCAUAGCCUGUCUCUGUUAGUUGAUAAAUAUGCAAGAGAAGACAGUUUUCAAGGAACUCUAAAAGAAAAUGUAGUCAAUUUGGACUCUUUAAAUGAUGCGAGAAGUGAUGGCUUCAUCAGUGAUCUAACUGGAGAGAAGACAAUGGAACUGAAAGAACACGAGAGCAGAUGUGAAAAAGAAGAUAAAGGAACUCCUGAAGAAAGCAUUUCUAAUAGUAAAUCACCUUGCUCACAGCAUACUUGCUUUAUCAAACAAGCAGAAGAGAAAGCAGAGCUAGUGUUUGUAGGAAAUCAAAUGCAGCAGUCAUCGAAGAUGAAAUGGUUGGUGGAGGACCAGGAAAAUACAGUUAGUGCCGAAGUUUCGCCCUCCUCAUCAAUUCCUGGGAGUCUUUCAUAUAAGCCAGAAAAUAUGAAUGUGCUUUCAGACACAGAAAACAAAGAAAGCCUGAAAGUAAAAUCUGUCUUAGAUAGCUCUUGCCCACAGCUAAGACUUGAGCCUGGUAAAAAAACUGAUGCUCAAAAGGGUAUUGAUCCAUCCCAUUUUGGAAAGUCUGACAUCCAGGAAUCUUUUAAUGAGACUCAGGUGGAUUCAGGAACACUAUCAGCUCAGAACUUGGGAACCUCUCUGCCUGAGAAAGAAAAGCUGCAUGUGUCAUCUGAGAAUAAGCAAAUACAUAAUCCUGAUUCAUCUUCACACAAGGAUUUUAGCGAAGAUUGUUCGGUGACAAAACCUGUUUCUGUAACAAUGUCUGUUAAAAGCAAAGCAAGCAAUACUGAGAUUCCAUCUUCAGAGAACAAAACAACUACCAGCUUUCUGAGUGGUGCAAAAAGCUCAGGAGUUUGUGCACACAACAAAGAAAGUCUAGGAGAUGAGUGGCAUAGCAUGCUAACUGUAAAAGACAGGUGUGUGUCUUCACCAAAAAGUUCUCACUGCAGAGAGAAACUUAAGAACAUGUGUGUAGAAGAGAAGAUGGGAACAGAAGUAGCCCCUAGAAAAAAGUUGCCCAUAGAUUCUAUUCUUGAUGGAGAAGAUUGUCUGUGGGCUUUGUUAGAAGAUUCAAAAGAGUCUGGUAGCAAAAUCGUCCCUCUCAGUACUGAGAAUUAUGGAAAGGUUUUGGAAGAAAUGCCGGGAUCUAACCUAAAUCUUUCAAAAGAAAGAAAAAAUCAUACAAAGCUCCCAGACUUGGCAGGUACCAGUCUGCUCUCAGAAGCUGUGUGUGAUUGUCAAGCGGAGGAUGCGUCUGAUGCAGAAGCUUCACCAGAAUUGCAGUGUCGUAGAACACAGACGAGUUCACUGUCAGACAGCUGCAAAGAAGCACCCCCAGCCUGUGUGGUUUGCAAUGAAGUAUGUGUGCCUUAUAGAUUAAAUGCACAGAGCAAAGAGAAUGUAAAGGAGAUGACAAAAGGGCAGGACGCUAUACCAGCUCAUUCAGGAUACAAGAAGAAAAAGGCUUCAGGUUCAGAGAGACCUGGUCACAUAGAUAAGUGUCAGGUGCUAAGAAAAAGAAGGAAGUAUAACAAGAUGGAAGUACACCUGUCAGACAUGGCACAACAAGAACAGACAUCAGAAUAUCAAGACAAAGCAAAAAUCACACUGCAAGCAAGUAUGUUGCACAGUUCUGAGCUGUUACGGAGCUCCUUGAGUGAGUUGGUGACAUUAAGAAAUACAAAGUUUGAAGGCCCUGCAGAGGAGAUUUUUGCUGUCAGAAGCAGUGAAAAUAAACUAUGUAGCACUUUACAAGAAGUCAAAAGGCCAAAGAUUACCACAGAUAUUAGUAGUUCACAGUUUUUGAAGACUCAGGAUUCAGAAAUGGAAAACCUGAACCUUAAUUUAGGGUAUGAUGGAGUCCCUGGUGCCUUUGGAACUACCAAUAAACUAAGAGGACCUCUUCCAUUAAAAAUACAGCCUGGAAGGACAUGCAAAAAAGUUUCCACAUAUUAUCAGCUAAAACCCAUAAGAAAGAGCAAGAAAAUGAAAAGUUCACCUUUUGAGAGUACCCUGGAGCUAUUCCCUAGGCAGGAAAGCACACUUCCUGAAUCUCUGCACUUUCCAUGCAAGCCACCGACAAUGGAAACGGACCCAGCCACGAGCUCUGUGCACGUGCCAAGGCAGAGGGCCAAGAGGUGCAGUUUGUUGAACAGCUUGAAAUUUAGAAAAUGUACCAAAGAACCAGCAUUGUUGAGCAAGCUGUCUGCAAUGGCUAGCAAGCUUCUGGCACCUGCUGAAAGCACCUAUAACUUAGACCCUCUGCCACGUUCUUCUGAAAUGCUUCCAGUGGGUGAGAGGUACAGCCAACGUAUUUCUAAAAAUCUCCUGGAAGCCUUUUCUUGCAUUAACAGGAACUUACACUCAUGCUGGGCUGACAGUUGGUGCACCAAGAUGUUCAGCUUUCAGCCUUUGGCACUUUAUCCUGUAGAAUCUACCAAAAUACUUUUUUCAGACUUGAGCCACAAACCUUCAGCCCCUUUCCUGGAUACCUCUGUUUUCCCUAUUUCUUUUCACAUAAAUUUGGACUCCAGACCUGUGACAGUCCUCACAGGAAUUUCAUCCCAGCACUCUGCACAUCACAGGCCAGUUUUGGGAGAAAUGGCAGCACCGUCUUCAGAGUGGACUUUCUCCUUUCUCCUGUCUCAGAGCUGUUCAGAUACAACAGCUUUGAAGGAAGAUUCCAGUCUAAACAAUGAGCUACAUUCCCCUUUCUCUGUAAAAACCCAAAGGGCUGUUGCCCUUCAUCCUGACUGUGGAAGAAAUGCUGUAGCUGAAAGAAGAAGAGGUAGCUCCAUGCUUGGCCUUCACACGGUGUUAGCACUCUCUUCCCCUGGAUGUUACAGGAUUUGGACAAGAAGAAGAAACUUAACCAGUCGUAUCCCUACCAUCCAGAGACUAUUUAUAUCACAGUUCACACAGGGUUUGAAAGGGACAAGGCAUCCAACCUGUGUGUCAGAUGACCUCGUCUCUUCAUUGCCAUACUCACUGGGCAGGGCACUCUCCAUAUGGAGUCAGCACGGCCCUUCUGCCCGUCCCUCCGAAAUCACUCCUCUCCAUCCCAAUCACUGCAAGUGGCAGCCAAGUGUGGGCAUCGAGAACAGCUGUGCCAUGUUACCGCACUUACCUGUACACAGUGUGGAAGCACUACAGACUGCAGGUCACAAGAUAUGUCUGGAAACUUCAUUCCCUCUUCCAUUACCAAAGUCUUGCUCACUUCCAGAAUCAUUGCCAUCUCCCCCCAGGCUUUCCGCAUCUGAGCUCCAGGUCCAUGCCCUUGAUGAAGCUGAUGCUUCUGUUCCAGCUUGUUUUACAUCCCAAGAUGACACAGAACUGAAAAAAACUGAGCCAGAACAGAGGCCAAAGAAAGUCUCACAGAUCCGAAUCAGGAAAACCGUUCCUAAGCCAGACCCCAACCUUACUCCGAUGGGACUACCCAAACCGAAACGGCUUAAGAAGAAAGAAUUUAGUUUAGAAGAAAUUUACACAAACAAGAACUAUAAGUCCCCUCCUCCAGCCAGGAGCUUGGAAACAAUCUUUGAAGAGCCCAAGGAGAAGAAUGGACGCCUGAUCUCUGUCAGCCAGCAGAAGAGAAAGCGGAUUCUGGAGUUUCAGGACUUCACUCUUCCCCGGAAAAGGAAGACACGAGGCAAAAUCAAAGCAGUGGGGAGUUUCACCCGAGCGAAAAAAGCUGCACUAGAGAGUGCAGAGUUGGAUGCUCUUCUGAGUCAGAAGCUAAUGGACCUUGAAGCCUUUUUUGCAAAGGAGCCUGAGCAGGAACAGGCCUCUGGCAUCUGAGGGAGCCAUUUAGCUGAAAACAGUCAAAUCAGCUCCUUUAGUGUUUCAGUCCUGUUGGGAGAAACCUACUGACUUCAUCCGUUACUCUGCCACUCAGUUCUAGGAUCUGCUGAUCAGUUGUUGUCUGUGGCCCUCUUCAAGGUGCUAUUUUUAUUUUUUUAAUGCUAAAGGGUUCUUUUAGGUCCCUGUUUGAGAGUUACACGGAUAUGUACAAUUUACCAUUCCUCUGGAAAUUACUGCUAAUGUUUAAUUAUGUUAAACACCUGUUGGCGUUAGGGUAGGAGAGUAAAGGAGGAAGCUGUGCACCUUCAGUGACGCUAGAACUCUGUACUCCAGGUCAUUUGCACAUUUGAGUCUGCUGUUGUUACUGUAAUGGCUAUUUUGAACAACCUGACAGAAGAGAUAGAGUGUUUGAUGAAGAUGAACUCUAACAAACACAUUCUUGAUAUACCACUAACUUUUUGAUAAUUAAAAGAAGCUGUCUGGGUUUGCUUUCAA